AGUUGGUGAGAAGGGUCUGUUCUUCGAGCUCCGACCAUUUCUUGCGCUUCAUUGUCAGAAAGCUGCGGGCGUUGAUCAGGGCGGGCAGAGGUGCAGAGAUUUGGGGGCGAAGAAGAUCGCCUACUGUCUUCUCACACUAUAUGAUUAGAGUAGGCCGAUGCCCAAUGGGCUUAGAUCUUGGGCCUUCUUUCAUACCUCUUCGAGGCCCAUAUUAGAAGAGGCUUCUGGACUGUCGGAGCACCCACUUCAUUUACCAGAGCUUUCUAAGCGGGAAGGUGUUCAGAACUUCAGAGCGACAACUUUGAAGUCCAACAAAAAAUUGCAGAAACUUCGAUGGAUUCCGAAACGGCGCUGGAGCUUGUGAAGCGAGGCGUGACGCUUCUCUUCCUCGACGUGCCUCAGCACACCCUCAUCGGCAUUGACACUCAGAUGUUUUCUGUGGGCCCGGAAUUCAAAGGCAUAAAGAUGAUUCCUCCUGGUCCUCAUUUUGUGUACUAUAGCUCAUCCACGAGAGAUGGCAAGGAGUUUGCGCCAAUUAUCGGGUUUUUUCUUGAUGCCGGGCCAUCGGAGGUAAUUGUUCGUAAGUGGGAUCAACAAGACGAACGAUUAGUCAAAGUACCAGAAGAAGAGGAAGAGAGAUACUGCCAAGCAGUUAGAAGUUUGGAGUUUGACAGACAUCUUGGUCCUUAUAAUCUAAGCCAGUAUGGAGAUUGGAAACAAUUAUCUAGCUACGUUACAAAGAGCAUCAUCCAACGGAUUGAGCCCAUUGGAGGAGAAAUUACUAUUUCAUCUGAAUCUGCAAUGCGUAUAAACACUCCUAACACAACGAUGGAGAAAGCUCUAGAUGAGCAGUUGAAUGCUAGCAAGUUCUCAACACCCAGUGACAAGUCUCAGAUGAGAGGAUGUUACUACACAUCAAUUCCUCGUGUUAUCAAACGAAAGGGAAUCCAGGGCCAACAACUUACUUCUUUGAAUCUUGACAAGACACAAUUGUUAGAAAGUGUACUGCUAGAAGAUUAUGGUGGUUCUGAGGACCUGCUUCUUGCAGAGCUGCAAUUUGCCUUUAUUGCAUUUUUGAUGGGCCAAUCACUUGAAGCAUUUCUACAAUGGAAAUCCUUGGUCAGUCUUUUAUUUGGAUGCACUGAAGCUCCUUUCCGUACAAGAAGUCUGCUAUUUGCAAAGUUUAUUAAAGUCAUCUACUAUCAAUUGAAACAUGGACUUCAGAAAGGUUGCACAGACACAAGCAUUGCGUCAUCAUUGUUAGAUGAAUCAUGGUUUUCUGCUGAUAGCUUUUUGCACCGUCUUUUCAAGGAAUUUUUUUUGUUGGUGCAAGAUGCCUCAGUUGUUGAUGGAGAUCUUCUGUCAUGGACAAGGAAGCUUAAGGAGUUGCUUGAAAACAAUCUUGGAUGGGAAUUCCAGCAUGACUGUGCAGUUGAUGGGAUGCACUUUGAAGAAGAUGAGGAGUAUGCUCCUGUUGUUGAAAUGCUGGAUGACCCAAGUUCUAGUGAAGCACCAGUAGUUUAAGACUUAAUUCCCUCUGCCCCUGACGUUCAUCAAUAGUUUAAUCUCGUGAUUCUGAAGUUGGACGACCCAAGUUGGUAGUGAAGCCAGCAGUUUAUGACUUCCGUUGCAGAUGCUGUCGCAUUAACAGUUUGCGGCAUAACAGGAAGGGAUCAGUAUGAUAUCCUUCAACGAUGGCCUGGUUUUGUUUGUGUAAACCUUGUACAUGCAGUUGAAAUUUCCAUGUAAAGUGAUAAGGAUGGAUGUUAUAUAUAUGCUGAUGUUGUGCUAAAUGUUAAGACGGAUGUGACUGGUGCCCUUAAAAUGGUUUAA